AUGUUAUCUAAACUAUGCAGGUGAACGAUAAGAUGAAGAGUUAAACUCGGAGGGUGUUCUUCCAGAAAAUUCUGUCUUCAGAGAUGGAAAGGAACAGGCGCUUACAUCACUUGCUAUACUGAAAGAUGUAGAGGAAUCAAAGCUGUUUUCUUGUCCUCACAUGAAGGGACAAAAGAAUGUUAGUUGAAGAUACAAGGAAAAAGGUAGUUGAAAGCCAAAUCUAGCUUAUAGGAUCCGAGGUUAGGUUUGUUUUAACAAAAACAAAAUUCUGAAUUUUCAACCUAUUUUGAUCCACCCUUCAAUAAACAAUAAUAAUGGCCUCUCAAAACCAACUACUUCAAUUUGUUUUUCUCCCACACCUGGCUCAUGGCCACUUAAUUCCCAUGAUUGACAUGGCUAGACUAGUGGCACAGCGUGGUGUAAAUGUUACUAUUAUCACAACCCCUCUAAAUGCUUCGCGAUUCAAAACAAUUGUUGAUAGAGCCAUUGAAUCUGGGCUCCAUAUCCAACUUUUCCAAGUUCCAUUUCCAUAUUCAGAAGCUGGCUUGCCUAAUGGAUGUGAGAGCAUGGAUGCACUCCCUUCACGAGAUAUGUUCAAAAAUCUCCUUGUUGCCAUUAGUAUGCUACAAAAACCAAUUGAAAAAAUCCUUGAUGAGUUACAGCCUCAACCCAGUUGUAUAAUUUCUGAUAAAAAUCUUGUUUGGAGUCACCAUACUGCUCAAAAGUAUCGGAUUCCAAGGCUUGUAUUUGAUGGGACAAGUUGCUUUUCUCUGUUGUGUACACAUAAUAUAUUAGCUACUAAGAUUCAUGAAAAUGUUUCUGAGUUUGAGCCAUUUGUGAUCCCUGGUUUGCCUGACCGAAUACAAAUAACAAAAGCUCAGCUACCUAAUGCUGUCAAUAUGGGCUCAUCGGAUGCUAGAGAACUCCGCUAUGAGAUUAGAAACACUGAGCUAGCUGCCUAUGGAGUGGUAGUAAACACUUUUGAGGAGCUGGAAUCAUCUUAUAUUAAAGAAUUUCGAAAGGUUAGGGGAGAUAAAGUUUGGUGCAUAGGACCAGUGUCAUUAUGCAACAAGGAGAAUUUGGAUAAAUUUGAGAGAGGCGACAAAGCCUCAAUUGAUGGAGACCACUGUUUAAAAUGGCUUGAUUUACAGGAUCCUAGUUCUGUAGUCUAUGUUUGUCUAGGAAGCCUGAGUCGCCUGGCAGCACCACAACUGAUAGAUCUUGGCCUAGCCUUAGAAGCAUCCAGCCGACCUUUUAUUUGGGUUAUCAAAACUGGGAAUAAAGAGUUUGAGAAAUGGAUAUCAGAGGAAAAUUUUGAAGACAGAAUCAAAGGAAGAGGGCUUGUAAUUCGUGGUUGGGCUCCACAGGUUCUAAUUUUAUCUCACCCAGCCAUUGGAGGAUUCUUGACGCAUUGUGGUUGGAACUCAACUCUAGAAGGGAUAUGCGCAGGUGUGCCAAUGGCGACAUGGCCUCUGUCUGCUGAGCAGUUCUAUAAUGAGAAGUUUAUGCAGGUUGUGAAAAUUAGUGUGAGGUUGGGGUCUGAGUUUUCGGUGAAAUGGGGGGAAGAAGACAAGUUUGGAGUAUUGAUAAAACGGGAAAGAAUUCAAAAAGCUAUAGAAGAACUAAUGGGAGGAGGAGAGGAAGCAAAGAAGAGAAGAAAAAGAGCAAAAGAAGUUGGAGAGAUUGCAAAAGCUGCGUUAGAAGAAGGGGGGUCUUCUUAUCUUAAUUUGACAUUGUUAAUCCAAGAUAUUAUGCAACAAGCUGAAACUAAUUAGUCUCCCGUUUUCUCCUGUAAUGAUUUUAGACUGGUUGUAAACAAAUUGUUGCUUCAUCGGCAAUAGAAUAGGACAAAUCAGAUAAUUACAUACAGAAACUCUGAAAUAUGGAUACCAUAUGAUGCCAGUCAAGUCUUAAAAUAAUUGAACUCACACUCUCUGUUCUUGUUAGUAAUUACAUGCAGAAACUGUAUAACAUGAUGGAAUGCAUGAUGUCA